UUCUAUAAAAAUUAAUAAAACCAAAGCUCAUCUAAAAACUAUCCAAAAAUAUGAAGCUCUUCCCAUUCCUCUUGUUUUCUUUCAUUAUUUUGUUCAACUUUUGUUCUGCUGCCAAUGUAACUUAUGACCGCCGCUCUCUCAUCAUCGAUGGCCAACGCAAGCUCCUCAUUUCUGCUGCCAUUCAUUACCCCCGUAGCGUUCCUGGGAUGUGGCCAGGGCUGGUUCAAACCGCAAAGGAAGGAGGGGUUGAUGCCAUUGAGUCUUAUGUGUUUUGGAAUGGACAUGAGCUUUCUCCUGGAAAAUACAAUUUUGAAGGACGAUACGAUCUGGUCAAGUUUGUAAAGAUUGUUCAGCAAGCUGGGAUGUAUAUGAUUCUUCGAAUUGGCCCCUUUGUAGCAGCUGAAUGGAAUUUUGGGGGGGUACCUGUCUGGUUGCACUAUGUCCCUGGAACUGUGUUUCGAUCUGAUAAUGAGCCCUUCAAGUAUUACAUGCAGAAGUUCAUGACAUUCAUAGUGAACCUCAUGAAGCAAGAGAAGCUUUUUGCAUCGCAAGGAGGUCCAAUCAUCUUGGCCCAGGUUGAAAACGAAUAUGGAUUUUAUGAACAAUUUUAUGGAGAAGGGGCAAAGCGAUAUGUCAAAUGGGCUGCUGGAAUGGCAGUUUCUCAGAAUAUUGGAGUACCUUGGAUAAUGUGUCAGCAGGAUGAUGCACCAGAUCCUGUGAUUAAUACCUGUAAUUCCUUUUACUGUGAUCAAUUCACACCUAAUUCUCCAAACAAGCCCAAAAUUUGGACUGAGAAUUGGCCUGGAUGGUUUAAAACAUUUGGGGCAAGAGAUCCUCACAGGCCACCUGAAGAUGUUGCUUUUUCUGUUGCUCGUUUUUUUCAGAAAGGUGGAAGUGUACAAAAUUACUACAUGUAUCAUGGUGGAACAAAUUUUGGCCGAACAUCAGGUGGGCCUUUCAUUACAACAAGUUAUGAUUAUGAAGCUCCUAUUGAUGAAUAUGGAUUACCAAGGCUUCCAAAAUGGGGACACCUAAAGGAUCUCCAUAGUGCUAUAAAGUUAUGUAAGCAUGCAUUGCUAAAGAGUGAACCAACUACUUUGUCACUGGGUCCUUCCCAAGAGGCCGAUGUUUAUGAUGAUGGUUCUGGAGUAUGUUCUGCCUUUCUUGCUAACAUGGAUGAUAAAACUGACAAGGAUGUCGUGUUUCGGAAUGUGUCAUACCACCUGCCUGCAUGGUCAGUCAGCAUACUGCCUGACUGUAAGAAUGUUGUAUUUAACACGGCGAAGGUAGGUUCCCAGGCCUCUGUAGUUGAAAUGGUACCUGACGAGUUCCAACCAUCAGUGGCAUCACCAAGCAAAGGCUUGAAAGCUCUUAAAUGGGAUAUAUUUGUGGAGAAUGCUGGAAUCUGGGGAGAAGCUGACUUCAUUAAAAAUGGUUUUGUGGAUCAUAUAAAUACCACUAAAGAUACUACCGACUACCUCUGGUAUACAACAAGUAUAAUUGUUGGUGAAAAUGAAGAAUUUCUUCGGAAGGGAAGCCAUCCAGUCCUUCUUAUUGAGUCAAAGGGUCAUGCUCUUCAUGCUUUUGUUAAUCAGGAACUUGAAGGUAGUGCUUCUGGAAAUGGCUCACAUUCACAAUUCAAAUUUGAGAAUCCAAUUUCUCUCAAGGCAGGGAAGAAUGAAAUUGCACUGUUGAGCAUGACCGUGGGCCUACAAAAUGCAGGAGGAUUAUAUGAAUGGGUAGGAGCAGGACUAACAAGUGUCAAGAUCAAGGGGCUCAAUAAUGGAACAAUAGAUUUGUCUAUGUCUAACUGGACCUACAAGAUUGGAUUGCAAGGAGAACACUUGGGUAUAUACAAGCCAGACAGCUUGAAUGGUGUAAAUUGGGUAUCAACCUCAGAACCGCCAAAAAAUCAGCCUCUGACAUGGUACAAGGUUGUUUUGGAUCCACCAUCAGGGGAUGAACCGGUUGGCCUAGAUAUGAUUCAUAUGGGAAAAGGUCAAGCCUGGUUAAAUGGAGAAGAGAUUGGAAGAUACUGGCCGAUAAAAAGUUCUAAACAUGAGAAGUGCAUACAGGAAUGUGAUUACAGAGGAAAAUUCUUCCCAGAUAAAUGCCUUACUGGUUGUGGAGAACCAACACAAAGAUGGUACCAUGUUCCACGUUAUUGGUUCAAGCCAUCUGGAAACAUUUUGGUGAUUUUCGAGGAGAAGGGUGGAGAUCCAACAAAAAUUACAUUCUCAAAACGCAAAACAUCAGGUCUGUGUUCUCUCAUUGCUGAGGACUACCCUAUGAUCGACCAGGAUUCAGUACAAAAAGAUGGAAGUGGAAAUGGCAAAACCAGACCGACUGUCCAUCUUAAGUGCCCCCAAAAUACUUCAAUUUCUAAUGUGAAAUUCGCUAGCUUUGGAAAUCCGACUGGAAGAUGUGGGUCUUACAGCAAGGGGAACUGCCAUGAUCCUAAUUCAACAUUUGUGGUUGAAAAGGUCUGCCUAGGUAAAAAUGAGUGUGCCAUAGAAGUAGCAGAAGAGAACUUCGAUAGGGGCUUGUGUCCUGGUAUCACUAAGAAACUUGCAGUUGAAGCAGUAUGCAGCUAAAAUUACCAAUUCCAGCUGAGAGCAGAUUCAAAUGAAAAUGAUUUGGCUGCCGACUGAAGAAAAACCAAUUUUCUUAUUACAAAAUCUUUAUAUAAUCUCCUGAUAAUAAUGUAAUUUGUUGAUAAAAUGUUGAGUUGUUUUUUCCGAUCAAAAUUUGACAGUCGGACAUAUCAAAACAAAAUCUUUAUAUAAUCCAAAAUAAUAUUACCCUUGCGUAAGUACCUUAAGACAUAAUGAUCAAAAUAAUUUGGAGAAAAACAUUAUAAUCAUUGAACCUAUAUGUAUAGAGUAUAUAAAAUGAUAGAAAAUGAAACGUUGAUGGAAUUAAUGAAAUAGCUCAUUAAAGAGGGAGGAGCAUCUAGUUGGAUUGAUUGU